AUGGACUUUUUAUCAAAAUAAUUCAACAGAGUGGGCAAGUAAUCAGAGAACUAUCAGAUUACCUUCAAACCAAUCGUCCUUAAAGUCAAUGUUUACGCUUCCUCCUAGUACUAUAUCAUUUUUAAGAGAGGACCAUAAAAAGAUGAGAGCAAAAAGUAUAAGCUAGAACCUCAAAGUAAUGGACUCCAGAUGCAGUAGCUUUUAUUUGAGGAUGAGGUAUUCCAAAGAGUCAGCAGUUUUUAUUAAGAAAAAGACGGCAAAUUCCAAAAAAAGAGUGCAGAUGUCAUUAUAAAAUGCAUCAAUCAAGUAAAAGAGGAAAAAAUUAGUGAAGUCUCAUUGAAUUUGUCGAGCUAUAUUGGUAGAGGAUCUGUUAAAGAUAGUAUUUAAUUAACUGGCAGUGCUUACUUCUUAGAUUUUGAAAUAGAAGUCGUAAAAUCUGAAGGAGCAAGUGGUGAUAGACAGUCACAAGUGGAAUCUGAUCAAUAAAGAAGUGCAAGCUAGGCUUAGGAUUCCGAUGAUGAAGAUUAAUCUCCUUUAAAAUCCUAAAUUUCAAAUGACAGCAAACAUGAUGAAAGUCCAAACAUGCGUCAAUCUAAAUCAGUAGUAGUUUAGAAUAUCAACACUCACGAAAGAGAGGAGCUCUAGGAGCUUUAGGAGAAAUUGACUAAAUAACAAAAAGAAAAUUACAAUUUAAAGCUAUAAGCUGAGUAGCUAUAAAAUAAAAUCUAGGAGAUAGAAUUGUCAAAUCAAAAGAUCGAAGAGGAAAAAGAUGUGAUUCAUAAAGAGCUUGAGAAAAGAGGGGAAGUUCAAAAGAGGUGGCAAUCAAGAUGCACCGAGUUAGAGACAGAAAUAGGCUCACUUAAAAAGGAAGCACAAGAUUAUUAUAGUGCUGAUAGAUUCGACAAUCAAUACGAUUGA